UGAAACAUUUUCAUUUUUUACCAGUAAAUCAUCCAUGCAUCAAGAACAACAGUGGAUGUAGCCAUGUUUGUUAUGUCAGUCAUGGUCAAGCUGUUUGCUCAUGUCCCAAGUAUUUAAAUCUUGGAGACAACAAACGCACAUGUGAAUGUAAGUAUUUAGUUUUCUUUUACAGCUUUAAAAAGAAUAAAGCCUGAGUUUUUCUUCCUACUUGCGAGAUUCUAUCAUAUACAGUAGAUAUUGUUUCAAAUUUCGAUUUAUUUGGUAGCUAUCAAUUAUAUCUUAUAUUGAAAUGGUGUAUUGUGUUGAAAAGACUUGAUUUUCUUAGUUCACUUUAUACAGUAGUUAGUACAAACAUAAACGGGCCGCCGAUAGGGGGGAGGGCAGUGGGGCAUUUUGGUCCGGGCACGCAGCCUAACAUAAAAACAAUCGCGUAUACUGUAUGUAAACUAUAUUGUUGAAACGAAAGCAUUGUUUUCAUGAAAUAGACCCAUUGCACAUGACGUCACAGCGCCGGUGAUCAUGAAUCUGGACGACAAAUUAGCAAUGUAUGCAUAAUAUAACUUUUGUAAACAAAGCAAAUUUUGUAAAAGUUUAUAAUAAUUUUGUAUUAAAAUGGUUAAUUUUUGCGCUGAAUGUGGUUGUUGUACCCGAACAGAUGGGAGCAUCUGGAGGACACUCUAAGGAUUUGUGACGUCAGUGCAAUGUGGGUCUAUAGGCCUACGUGCAUGGAGCAAAGACCAUAUGGAAAAAGUAAACCAAGGAUUUGGAUGCUAUCCUUUUUUGCAUUUAACUGAUUUUUGCACAUUAUACAAAUGAAGUGAAACAACAGCCGUGAAGACUCCGCAAAAGUUUUAUACCGUCGUGAAGACUCCGGACUCUUGGACUCCCCCGGGUUCCACCCUUCCCCAUACCCUCUUUGAGGGAAAACGGACUUGGCAAAAAAUUCUGAAAAAAACCCGCAAAAAUUAUUUGUAUUAAUCGAAUCUGCGAAUCCGGUGCAGCUCUCGCCAACUACAGAGGGCAGUCGAGCUGAAACCAUAUAGGUUUUCGGGUGUGCGGGUUGUGACAGGGUGAACUUGAAGGAUGUUUCUUGCAACUCGAGAAUGCUGGGUUUGGUGAAUAAUCCAAAACAUGUUUUUAUUAUGCUAUAUAAUAUGGAUUUAUUUUUUCUAUAGUUCCUCCAACGUGUGGUCCAAAUAAUUUCCGCUGUAAGAAUAGCGAGUGCGUGCACAUAGCGUGGAGAUGUGAUGGAGCGUUUGAAUGUCCAGACGGUUCUGAUGAGGAGAAUUGCCCUCCAUGUAAGGAGAAUGAAUUUCAGUGUGACAAUAAACAAUGUGUACCUAAGAGAGAUCAGUGUGAUGGUGUGCCACGCUGCAAUGACGAUUCUGAUUCUUGUGGUAAGUACAGUAUACCAAGAUCAUAGUCAAUAGCAGUGUUGUAGUCGAGUCCACAACUUACGAGUCCAAGUCCGAGUCCUAUGCAUUCAAGUCCGAGUACAAGUCCAAGUCCCUAGCAAAAUUUCAAUUAAGUCCAAACUUUUCAAGUCCGAGUCCUAAAUAUUUCGAGUCCAAGUCCAAGUCCGAAAUGAUAAAGUAUAUGUAUAAUCAAAUCCACAGGCACUUAAUGCAUUUUUGCAGAAGUCAUGAUGUAAUCAAAGUAUAAAUAUGGUGGUGGCAAACAGACAGUGGCGUAUAGGCGAGGUGGCGACCGCCCCCCAAUCGCCACAAAAAACCAUUUUGUCAAAAAGGCUAAAUCUGUAGAGAAAUUGGGGGGAGGGGGUACACAUUACAUGCUCGAAGUACGUCUUGAAACGCAAUUUGGAGAAUGCAGAAAUGUUGUCUCAUAGAACCUAGAAUUAUUUAAAUGCAAUAUUUCUGAUCAAAAUCACAUUGGGAUUUUCUCUCCCCCUAGCAUCACAGAGGGGAAAGAAGGUGACACUGACUCCUCUUCCUGUUUUUCAAGGUGACAUUUCUAAGGUAUUUAAUUCCGAGGAGAAAUGUCUGGGAAAAUUCAUGUCUUCGACCUACUUUAAUAUAAUCUGCGGAAUUCUGCAAGUUUUCAUCCCAAAAAUGCUUGAAAUCGCAUUUCAGGGACUCUACAGAGUGUAUCAAAAUAAACGCAAUUCAUCUUUUGUGCUUAAUAACUUUCGAAAUACUAUUUCUAGUUAAACGCUUUUAGGCUUACUUCAAAGCCUGUUCUUUUCUCUUUCAAACAAACUAUUAUCCUUGUCUCCAAUGCUAGUAAUAAUUGCACAGGAAAAGAUUUAGUAAAACCUAUCAUUUUUAGUUGCUGUUUAAUUAUGCAAGUUUACUAUAUGUUAUUGUUUAGUCGAUUUAAAUGUUAGAAUUUUCUUCUUUAAACUUUAAUGUUGUCGUCACUACAUCUGGAAAACCACGUAAGAACAAAUUAAAAGUAUUUUAAAAGAGACCAGGUUGUUUGAAAAUCCUAAACGAAUGCUAAAAAUCGUCAAAACAUUCUGGUGUCUGAGCCAGAGUGUCAUCGAAUUGCAAUGUAAUGUAAACAGAAAUUAUAGCAAGUUGAUGUCAGUCAGUUUAGAUGGUCCAAGCCAAAACUAUAUCGCAUUUGAAGUUUCAAACUGAGUUAAAAAUAGUGGAAGAAAAGCCGUAAUUAUACUUAUUGUUACAUUCCAUUUAAUAAAAUGCAACAUUUUUUUGUUUUAAUGAAAAAAUCAGUUAUUUUCAUGAGAACGAUUUGUUAUUCCAUCUCAAUUUUUUAAUCUCCAAUCGCAAUAACGUAAAGUAUUAUUACCCGCGAACCAAUGAGUCAAAUUUAAGAAACAACCCACUGUUAGAAAGCUGAAUGGCUACGCUUUAAAAUGAAUGUAAACUUUAACGUUUUCGUCUAUUAUUUGUUUAGCAAUUUACAUUUCAGUCGAGGAUUGCGCUUUUUUUGAUACACCCUGUAGAUUUCAAAAUUUUUCCGGUGGUGUAUGCCACCCGGACCCCACUAAGCACACUCACGCCUUCGGCGUUCGCUUCGCCCCCCCCCCCCAAAAAAAAAAAAAUAAAAAAAAAUGAAGGUCUCCAUGGCUACGCCACCAGUUGCAAACAGAUCAGACUAUAGUGAUAUUCAAUUUCGAGUUUAAAACAUAUACACUAGUGCAAAGCAGUAUAAGGCCAGGGUUUUUUCAGGGAUUUUUUAGGACCGUAAAACGGCCCCAAAAACUCAAUCUUGAAUUGAGUUUUGAAACUCGAUCUUCUCACGAAAAGUUUCAGUGCAGUAAAAAUGAAGUUUUUUGAGUUGAAUUCGUGACAUGUGCAAAUUAAAUUACUGUAGUUUCAGUUGGAAACCCGACAAUCAAGAAAAAAUGGUUGGAAUUCAUUCCACAAUGAAAGAAAAACAACGCAUUCGCUAUCUUUAACCAGCUUAUAGUGUCCCUUAGUGACCCUGCUUUAACACAUUGCGUCUCAACUACACUUAUUGGGUACAGGUGUCAGCCUCCCACAACUGCCCCAGACCCCCAGCUGUUCAGCUAAACUCAAUCUUCUCUGCAAAUACGGACCCAAGAGAAAAUCCUGAAAACAACCCUGAAGGCCCUACAUUACAUGCAGUGCAUGCAUGUGUCCAAAUAUCUAAAAGUAUUGAAUUUCGUAAAGAGAGAGAGAGAGGGAGAGGGAGAGGGAGGGAGGGAGGAAGGGAGAGAGAGAGAGAGAGAGGGGGGGAGAGAGAGAGGGAGGGAGAGGGAGAGAGAGAGAGGGAGGGAGAGAGGGAGGGGCCAUAAUUUAUUUGUUCGAAACAAUUAGAGCUGUGCUGUUCUUCUGGUACUUUUUUAGCACCGAAAAAUUAUACGCAAAAGAAUUAACCGAUAGUUUCUGUUUUAUUUUCCUGUUUAACGCCCGCCAAACGCCCACCUGAUUGCAGGUUGAAAUGUUUGGAAAAUAACAAGAUUGUGCUCUUUGUACACAAUAUGCACUGUACUAAGUGCUCAAAUAGUUGAUAUAUAUAUUUUAGUUGUGAUAGUUACUGUUGUGAACUUGCUUGAAUUUUUUUUAAAAAGAAAUAUUUCAUCUUCAUAAAUAAAUUCCAAUUGUUCUUUUAAAAUAUUCAGAGAUUUAUACAAACUUACGAAGGCAUAAAUUCAUCUAUUUAGUAAAAAUACUCGAAACAUACAUAAAUGAGUUCAUACAUUUGUACUGUUCUUCUUUUUUUUUUGAAAAUAACCGAAACCGAACCGAACCGAGGUUUUUCUGUUUUCCAAAAAAAACGGAACCGAGAUAAAAUUUUUGGAACCGCACAGCUCUAGAAGCAAUGAGUAUAUGCCAACGAGGAAAUUUAAGUGGUGGACUCGUACAGGACUUGACCUAAAUUCCCAAGUCCAGAGGUGUCAAGUCCUAGUUCUUUGAUAUCGAGUCCAAGUCCGAUGUGUUUAAGUCCGAGUCAUGCCCUCAAGUCCGGACUCGAGUACUACAACACUGGUCAAUAGAAUACGAAAGUUAGGAAACUCGAUGCAGACAUGUAAUAGAUCUCAUUAUCUAUGUUUUUGUCACGUGUGUAUUUUAUUUUCGCAAGAGCAACCAAUAGCUAUGUUUUCUUUUAACCAUUGUCUAAUAUCACGACCGGGUAAUUAAACAAACAGACCGCUAUUGGUUGGUUGGUCAAAAGAAAAAUACAACAUGACGAAGAACCGACCAUAUUUUGCAUAAACUAAGACAACUAAUUUCAGAACCAUCCUCAGAGAUACGAAAAACUAGUUUCAUAUUAAUCUGACACUGCAAUCGACCAACGAAAAAUUCGUUAUUCGAUUGCAGUGUCAGAUUAAUAUGAAACUAGUUUUUCGUAUCUCUGAGGAUGGUUCUGAAAUAGAAUUGAAACACUGCGCGUCCUCUAAGACAAGCGUUAGUCGUCAGUCUCGUCACGAAAAUAUUUCGUGCACUUAAAUUGGAUAAGACUCUCUAUACCAAUCCCUGUUGACUCGAUAACUCAAUAGGUAGAGCGGCGGUCUAGAUGCCCGAAGAUGCGAGUUCAAAUCCCGCUCGAGCCAACGAAUUUUUCGUUGGUCGAUUGCAGUGUCAGAUUAAUAUGAAACAAGACAAAUAAAGCAUAGAUAAUGAGUCUGUUAUGUCUGCACCUUCUUAUUCUAUGGACUAUGCCUAGAUGUACUAUUUUAAACGCGGAUGUACAACAUGUUAGAGUUAUAACCCGUGAAUGCAGUAGAUAAAUAGAUUAAAGUUGUCGACAAAACUCGAAAUAUCUUGAUCGAAAGUCUUUGAACCUUGAACCUUGUUUGGAAACCACCUCGAACGUGGGAUAUAAAUCAUAUACCUGUAUUUGGACAAAAGUGUUAAUAAAAUAGAUCGAAAAUUUAUGAAAAUACAUUCAAAUAACUUUGUUAGCCCCCCUCUCCCCACCCAUCUCCCCACCCAACUCCCCACCCAACUCCCCACCCAACUCCCCACCCAAUGUUACCAAUAGUUCCCCAUUUAAACGCAAUUCAACAUUGUCUUGGGGCAAGAGGGGGAUGUUUUAAGCAAGAUACAGGAAUCAAACUUACAAUUUAAACUCACAGAGGCAAAUUGUAUUAACAAGUUAUGUCCUGGCCCUCGGGUCAAUAUAUACAGGGUUUCCCCCCAAAAAAGUGACACUAUAGAAAUUAUCCUAUUGUUAUAAUUUGAAUGCCUGAGCAUUAUGCUGAACACUAGAGUUAAUUGAAUUUUUAAUUGCAGGCGCAUGAAAUCCUGUGCUUAACAACAAUAGGAUAAUUUCUUUUGUGUGAUUUUUUUGGGGACACCAUGUAUGACUUAUAUCCCGUGUGCUCGGUUUAUAACCUAUACGUAUAUAUUAAACAAACAGUAAAGUCUUACCAUUGAUUAAUCAGAUUUGUGCUCUAUUAAGAUCAUUGGAUCUAGCUUGCAAAAAGUCAUAUGCAUGAGGGAGUAUAAAAAAACGAGACCUUUUGUUAUAAUUCGUCCUAUUGUUAUAAUUUGAAUGCCUGGCAAAUUCCAUGGUAAAUUAACAUUUUAUACUGUAUAUUAGAAAUUUAAAUUACCAUGGGUGCAUAAUAUCUUGAAGAAUAUUUUAAUUCCUAAAAAUCGGCUUUUUAAUAUACGCACCCUGCCAAUAUUUGACACCCCGGUGGGCUUAGUGGCGCUCAGCCAUUCAAAUUACACCAAUAGGACGAUUUCUAAAGGUCUCGUUUUUUUAUACACCCUGUAUACUGUAUGUUCCGCCGGCACUGAUCUAUGUAAAAAUUAUACCGAGUCUGCUGUAUCAGCCAUAUACGAUGAGAGCUAUAACUAGCGAGAACUAUGUUGUAAUAUAAAUUAUCUAAAGAAUAUUGGUUGUGUUUUUCAGAUACGACCUGUGAUAAGGAAGACAAUUUUGUGUGUUCAGAUGACAAAUGUAUUCCCGCUAUUUGGAAAUGUGACGGUGUGGGUGAUUGUUCCGAUCGUAGUGAUGAAGAUCCUCGCCUAUGUGGCAAUGGUAAGGUGUUUAGAAAUCUAUUCAGGCAUGAAAUAGUGGCUGAAGUUAAGCCAAUUUUUCUAUUUUCUUACUAAGUUGCAUAUAAUUGAUGCAUCACCAGUUGAAAUGCGGUUGCUGCAGUAAACAGUAAAUUAUGUUGCACUAAAUUUCAAAAUCGGAGAAUACGUUAGCAAUUUGCCUGAAUUGCUGGUUGCAAAACAGAAUCGGUAGAAAUAUUCUGUAUAAUGUUUGCCUCCCCAGUGGCAGUGGUGCGGCAUUCUUAUUUAGAGAUAUAUAGACAAAUGUCGUAAAAACUAACCUCUGUACAAAUAUUGAAAAUACGCAUAGGCAGUAACUGAAAUCAGGCCAAUAUUACACUAAAUACUUCGACAGACUUUCUUUAUUCUCAGAUUUUGCGAUUAACAACGUCGCGUUAUACAAUUCACUGUUUACUGUUAAAACUAUAUUUUAAUGCGAUAUUCGAAUUACGAAGAAAGUAGAAUAAAUUAUGGCCGUGAUUUCUGGCCAUGCCCAAUCACUUUCAUAUUCAUAUUCAGGGCUCUCUCCUCCGCAGAGGCUUCUUAAGGACACGAAAUCCUUUCUAAGUUUAUCCUUCAAAAGCCUCUGUGGAGGAGAGAGUAUUAGGAAGUUUAAGGUGCCGACAAUGGGUACGGAAUACGGUUGAAAGCUUGUUUUCGCAUUGCUUAACUGAGGCAGACAAAAUUUACAUAUCCCCAGAGCAUAUUUUUCACCGUAGCGACCUUGGCUACAGCGUAAAAAUCACAUUCUUGUGUUGUAAAACCGAAUCAAGAACAUUAUAGCACCGAAACUGACUACGCAACGUUUAAGGUUGGAGAGUAUUUUUAUAAAGAAAUGAUGAAAAUUAAAAGAUGAAAUUUAUCGAACACAAAGCGAUGCACAUAAAACAUAUUUGGGAUAAACUUGUUCAGGAGAGACCCUGGAAACGAGGUUGACAUACAUAACAAAAACUAUUUCAAACGUAUAGUCGGUUGUUCGUAGUCAAGAUUUUAAACUCCCUUAUUCAGGGUGUAGAAAGCGGUAUAUUUAAUAACGUUCCUCAGGCAAAAUAUUUAAAUGAAUGACUGUUGCUCACCAUGGCAGUUAAAGUUGCCUCUAGGGAUGUGCUGGAUACGGCUAAUGGUUUCGAGUAAAAAUUAGCCUGCGUAGCAGGCGUUUAGAGCGGGUGGGAGAAGAGAGGGCGUCGUUAAAUAAACGCCUGCCCAAAUGGCUAUGACAAAUUUAUUUUUGACCGAAAAAACUUCGGCUUUAAUUCUCAUUGGUCGAUCUCGUUGACGGGAGUAAUUACGUAACUCGAAUGUCACAAUUUUGCCCGCGUAAUCGCGUAUAUAUUCUCCUAAAAAAUAUGGCUAAUAAUGCUUUGGAGGAAACUCUUUCUGAUAUUUCAAGUCUUUUAGGUUUCGAAAUUCAGUUGAAACCAGAACAGAGAAAGUCUAUUAUUAAUUUGCUCCGUGGUGAAGACGUUAUCGCGAUUCUUCCUACGCUACGGGAUCGCCAAAUCAAAGCUUGCUAACUACAUGCCAGCACGAGCAGGGAUCGAAUAUUUCUUAUAGUUGUCUUGUUAUUUGUCCCCCCGAAAGUAUAAUUCAAGACCAGAUAGCUGAGGCCAAGUCACUUGGCAUUGCAGCUAUGAAGUUGGACGAUGAUUUUAAGAAUAACACUUCAAAACAUGCUCAACUGCUAAAUAUAAUGAUGCUAAAUAUAAAUCUCGACUAUGAUUGGAUAAUGGGUGAACCAGUGAAGCUGCUAAUUACAAAACGUCAAUCACUCUUAAUGCAUGGGCAAAAACACAUUAGUCAUAGCCAUUUGGGCAGGCGUUUCCUCAACGACGCCCUCUCUUCUGCCGCCCACAUUAAACGCCUGCUACGCAGGCUAGGUAAAAAUAAACAUCCAGCAGUAUCCAGCAAAAUUUGUCUGGAUAUUUACCGAUUAUACUGGAGCUUUUAUUAGAACCAUGAAACCGAAGAAAUGUUUUCUUUGUCUUUUUUGCGUGUUAAGAAAUAAAACAGGAACAAUUACUGGAACUGCAUACAUCACAUAAAACAGGAACUGCAUACAUCACAUAAGAUGUUUUCAAGAUGUAAACUGCUCUCUGCCCUACAUUGCCCGCAGACCCCUGUGCCACAGAUAUUAGCUAAAGCACAUGGUUAAUAAGUUAAUUUGAAAAAUGGACUAUAUUAUGGAGAAAAAAUUAUUGAAAUGUUGACCAAAUACCAACAUUAGUAUCCGGUUAUCAUUUUUCCCUGACCGGUAUCAUCUGGUAUCCGGCAAACAGUAUUAGGCACAUCCUUAGUUGCCUGGUGUUAAAGUUACCUCGUGUAACAUGGCCUUUUCGUUUUUCAUUUCAGCCACAGAAGCCGCGACUCCAAAUAUAUCAGGGGGUGAAUCCUCUCACCGUGAUAAGAUCGUGAUUGUGUUCACUUGUGCAGCCGCUAUUAUCUUCGUGUUGAUUGUGUUAUACUUCUUCAAACGAGCCAAACUUAAACAAGAUAGUCCUUAUUAUAUCCAAACAAGAACGACUUGUCACGAAUCAUCGUUUACAGGAGAUUCCGAUGGAACUCAAUGUUACCCUAAGGGAUUAAUCACACUUAAUGCGUCCAUAUCUUUGAGCAGUAACCCAACAGAUACUGGAGAUACAUUCUAUAACCGCGAUGAUCUCACUGGUCAAUCUCAAUCAGCAAUUGGUCAAACAUAUCAUCGUUCUCUUACAAACCCUCCACCAUCACCAGUUACAGAUCGUUCACAUUUUACGUCUAUCUCAGGCAAGUACUACAACACUCCAUCCCCGUCAACAUGUGAACUGCACAUGUAUCAUAGACCUGUCAUGCCGAACUACACGACACCUGUGACUACAGAUGCUGAAUCAUCGGUUUCAAAGUAUAUUAAUUAUAAACGUAAACAGACAUCUAGUGCAUAUUCUUCAGUCUCCGACGAAGACUAUGAACUUGGAGAGGAGGAUCUCUAUGCUCCCCCUCCUACCAUAUGUACAAACUAUUUCUCAGAGGGAUUACAGGGUACAAACUACUUCUCAGAUGAUGAAAACCCUCCCCCCUCCCCGAGCAGUGAGGUGGGGUUCAUACAGGAACCAGACCCUCCACCUCCAUCACCCGUCACAGAUAGUCCCUCGGUAGCGUAGCCAUCGCAUAUACGAAGGAGACCGAGUGGACAAAGCUCCGCCAAGAAACUGGUAACGAAGCCCCAAGCAAUAUUCAGUAAAGCCAAUCAAAUCAUGUUUGCCAUGUAAUCAUGAAAACUGGGUCCAAAUGGUAACCACGUGAGCGAUCCUGAAUGAAAUAGAUUAAAUAUGAAAGUUGAUUUUCAACUUGUAGAUAAGUAAGAAUAUGUAUAUAGACCUGUGCAGAUUAACGUGUCUGUGUUUUUAUCUUUUUUAUAUAAAAAAGUUCGUAAUACGAGCGACGUUGCAGACCAGAUAUAAUAUAUAUAAAUAUAUGAAAUAUACAUACAUAUAGAGCUGGUAUAUACUUAAAAUUGUGUAUAUUUUGGAAUAAGAAAUUUUAUAUUACAUAUUUUGUUGUGACCAUUAUUGAUUUUACAC